UUUUGAGACAGGGUCUUGCUCCAUCACCAGGCUGGAGUGCAGUGGUGUGAUCUCGGCUCACUGCAGCCUCCGCCUCCCAGGUUCAAGCGAUUCCCCUGCCUCAGGUUUCUGAGUAGCUGGGACUACAGGCACCCACCUGGCUAAUUUUUUUUUAAUAUAUAUAUAUUUUAGUAGAGACAGGGUUUCACCAUGUUGGCCAGGAUGGUCUCAAUCUCCUGACCCACCCGCCUCAGCCUCCCAAAGUGCUGGGAUUACAGGUGUGAGCCACCACGCCUGGCCAGCACUCGCUUUUCUCCACGACCUGGCCAGGAUCAGUUAUUUUUUGACUUUUUAUUCUGACUGGUAUGAGAUGGUAUCUCAUUGUGCUUUUGAUUUGCAUAUUUCCAAUGACUAGUGAUGUUGACCAUUUUUCAUAUGCUUAUUGGCCACAUGUAUGUCUUGGUUUGAAAAGCAUUUGUUUGUGUCCUUUGCCAACUUUUUUUUUUUUUUGAGAUGGAGUUUCACUCUUGUUGCCCGGGCUGGAGUGCAAUGGCACAAUCUCGGCUCACCGCAGCCUCUGCCUCAGCCUCCCAGUAGCUGGGAUUACAGGUGCCUGCCACCACGCCCGGCUAAUUUUGUAUUUUUAGUGGAGAUGUGGUUUCUCUAUGUUGGUCAGGGUGUCGAACUCUCAACCUCAGGUUAUCCACCAGUCUCAGCCUCCCAAAGUGCUGGGAUUACAGGUGUCACCAUGCCUGGACCUUUGCCCACUUUUUAAUGGGAUUGUUUUUUGCUUGUUAACUUGUUCAAGUUCCUUAUAGAUUCUGGAUAUUAGACUUUUGUUGAAUGCAUAGUUUGCAAAUAUUUUUCUCUUCUGUAGGUUGUCUGUUUACUGUUGAUAGUUUCUUUUGCUAUGUAGAAGCUCUUUAAUUAGGUCUCAUUUGUCAAAUUUUGUUUUUGUUGCAAUUGCAAAGCCAGUAUUUGAACCUGGAUCGUCUGACUCCAGAACCCACCCUGUCUCCACCAUGCCAGGCUGUUUGCAAGGUCCUUAUUGGUUCUCCAUGGCAACAGGGAAACAGCACUGAAGUGUCUUACUAACGUGGUCCCAGGGCCUCUGCUUGCAUUCCUCUUUUUCCACACGCUCUGCCCAGCCUGGAUUAUACCUUAGGUCCUGGGAAUCAAUGGCUGGGUGGUACCAGGCUGCUGGAACCUUCUGUGUGGCUCUGGAGUCAGGAAAUUAUGGAGAUUUGGAAGGGGACACGGGGAGAGAUGACUCACUGCUUAUCUGAGAAGUUGGGACAAAGCUGCCACUUGUGACCAUACCUUGAAUACCAAACAUCCUCAAAUGGGUUACGGUAUUUUCCCCCCUUUUUGGUCCUCUCCAGGGUUAUCCAUUACCUGGGAAAUCAGCCCUUACUUGACACCUCCUAUUGUCAUUUACCCGGUGAACAUAAGGGCCCAUGUCACAGCUGCCCUUCCCACGCCGCCACAUGCUCUGGAGAGCUGAACUCCUUAGCAGCUCCUAGUCCACAGGAGGGAAGGAUGGAGCAGAGCCAGGGCAGCCAGGGGAGGUGAUAACCACAUGCCCAUCUGGUCCCCAGCUCUUGCUUUUACACCCAUGACCCACCAGGAGACAGCAGUUCUCCAUUGGCCCUGUUUACAGAUGAGGACAUGAGGCUCGGAGAGGUGCAGUGGAUGCCCGAGGUCACGAAGCCAGGGAGCUGCAAAGGCCGGGGCAGCUGUGUUUUCAGUUGGGGUGGUAUUCUCUACCCUGCCUCCCAAGAGCUGAGACCAGUUACCCCUGCUGGGGCAGGGCUCUCACUGCUCCACCCACACUCAUCUCUGCCCUGAGAGCCCCGAUACAGGUGUCCAUAGAAUGGGAAAAGCUAGCACCCUUCAAAAGAUGCAAGGAGCAUUGGUUGAGCACUGCCCAGCUGGUCCCUGCCCACCUUCCAUGGGAAGCCCAUCUGGGUGAGUUCUGAGAGCCUUCCUAGUGCUGAGCUGCAAAGAAACUGGAAACCUCUCCCCAUCCACUGCCGAGGGGACAUGCUGACCAGGACGGAAGCUGGGGGACUAGGUGUGGGGAGAAGCCAACCCCCUGCAGGGGCUGGGGCUGUCCAUCUUUGUACUCCCGGUUCCAUCCCAGUGCCUGAGACAUGGGAGGUUCAGGAGAAUGUGGUCAGAUGCUGGGUGAAACUCUGGGAGGGGCUCUGAAUGCUUCUGCUAGGAACUCCUAGGGCAGCGGCUCAGGUGGGGUCUUUGCUGCUAGGGAACACUCACAGUCUCUGGCUUUUGUGAAGUCAUGCCCCAGAGAGAAGACCCUUCUCCUUUUCAUUCCUAAACGGAAACGAUAUUUGUCACUUUUUCUUCUCUGAGGCCUGAAGUGAUGGCAGAAUGCUGCUAGUCCCACUCCAAGCACGUGGACUCCACAGCGGGGUUUGGGGUGACCCUGGCAGGCCUGGACGGUCUGUUCUGUGCUUGCUGGUGGACACGCUUCAGCCCUCUGUCUCCAUUGCCCCAAAUCUGGCUGUGGCUCCUGGGCCCCCACUAGCGUGGAGGGCCGGGGUGGCCCCAGGAGCCCCUGACCACCGGUGGCUUUCUUGUCUCCAGUCGCCCUCCUUCCUCUUGAUCCCCGCAACACCCCACCCCUGCUGCCUCCUCACAAAGAUGGCUGUGUGUGAAGGGACUGUGGCUUCCCUGGGCCCUGGGAAAUUAUCACUGAGGUUCCAGAGGACUCUAUGAAAAAGAUUUGGAGGAAAAGUGUGGAAAAUAAACAAGCCAGUUUCCAGCUCGGCCUCUCCUGAAUGCCGCAAGUAAACAACCACCUCAGAAGCCAGCCCGGGAUGUUCUUAUUUGGCCUCUGUGGUUACACCUGCCCCCUCCCCGCCCAGCCCCUCCUCCUUGACUUCGAGAGCCUCAAAAGGCAGGGAACACACCCUCCACUGGCCAGUGCUUGUGCUGCAUGGACGCUAGUGGCCGGGCACAGAAGAACAUGUAUGUGGGAGAGAAGACAGCGGGGGGUCCCCACUCAGCCAUACUCUCUCUGAGUCAGUCCCGAGCCCAGGCCCUGCCCAGCGAGCAGACGGUGACCUCUUGGCUGGUUGGACCAGGGUGUCCCCAACCUGAAGACGACAAGCCAGGUCCUGAGUGAUGCCCCUGAGCUGAGUGUCCAAGGCCAGCCUGAGGCGCCCCCAUGGCCCCGUCUUUCCCCAUGGAGAAAGGACUCACUUUGUCCCAGGACUGUUGGGACUUCGUGCACAGCCUGAAGAUGAGGAGCAAAUAUGCCCUUUUCUUGAUUUUCGUGGUGAUAGUUUUUGUCUUCAUUGAAAAGGAAAAUAAAAUCAUAUCAAGGGUCUCAGACAGGCUGAAGCAGAUACCCCAAGCCCUGGCAGAUGCCAACGGCACCGACCCAGCCCUGGUCUUGGCUGAGAACGCGUCUCUCUUGUCCCUGAGCGAGCUAGAUUCAGCCUUCUCCCAGCUGAAGAGCCGUCUCCACAACCUCAGCCUGCAGCUGGGCGUGGAGCCAGCAGUGGAAGCCGCCUUGGAGGAAGAGGAGGAGGGAGAAGAGGAGGAGGAGCCGCCCAGACCGGCCGCGGCAAGGCCCCGGCGCCACGUGCUGCUCAUGGCCACCACGCGCACCGGCUCCUCGUUCGUGGGCGAGUUCUUCAACCAGCAGGGCAACAUCUUCUACCUCUUCGAGCCACUGUGGCACAUCGAGCGCACGGUGUCCUUCGAGCCGGGGGGCGCCAACGCCGCAGGCUCGGCCCUGGUGUAUCGCGACGUGCUCAAGCAGCUCUUCCUGUGCGACCUGUACGUGCUGGAGCCCUUCAUCACGCCGUUGCCUGAGGACCAUCUGACCCAGUUCAUGUUCCGCCGCGGCUCCAGCCGCUCCCUGUGCGAGGACCCGGUCUGCACGCCCUUCGUCAAGAAGGUCUUCGAGAAGUAUCACUGCAAGAACCGCCGCUGCGGGCCCCUCAACGUGACACUGGCCGCCGAGGCCUGCCGCCGCAAGGACCACAUGGCCCUCAAGGCCGUGCGCAUGAGGCAGCUGGAGUUCCUGCAGCCACUGGCCGAGGACCCCCGCCUGGACCUGCGAGUCAUCCAGCUGGUGCGCGACCCCCGCGCCGUGCUGGCCUCGCGCAUGGUGGCCUUCGCCGGCAAGUACAAGACCUGGAAGAAGUGGCUGGACGACGAGGGCCAGGACCAGCUGAGGGAGGAGGAGGUACAGCGGCUGCGGGGCAACUGCGAGAGCAUCCGCCUGUCCGCAGAGCUGGGGCUGCGGCAGCCCGCCUGGCUGCGGGGCCGCUACAUGCUGGUGCGCUACGAGGACGUGGCACGCAGGCCGCUGCAGAAGGCCCGCGAGAUGUACCGCUUCGCAGGCAUUCCCCUGACCCCGCAGGUGGAGGACUGGAUCCAGAAGAACACGCAGGCAGCCCACGACGGCAGCGGCAUCUACUCCACGCAGAAGAACUCCUCAGAGCAGUUCGAGAAGUGGCGCUUCAGCAUGCCCUUCAAGCUGGCCCAGGUGGUGCAGGCUGCUUGCGGCACCGCCAUGCGCCUCUUCGGCUACAAACUGGCUGAGGACGCCGCCGCCCUCACCAACCGCUCGUUCAGUCUGCUGGAGGAGCGGGGCACCUUCUGGGUCACGUAGACCGGGCCAGGGCCCGGUGUGCCCCUCCUGGUGAAAGGCCUGCCCCGCCUUUCUGCCGCAGCCCUCGCAGAGGGCGGAUGCGCAGCGUGGUGAGCAAGCAGCGUCUCCUGUAGCAGUAGGGCCCCCAGCCAGCGCUCCCACCGCAGCGGCGGCCCCAGGGUUAAUCGUGGAGAACAUGACAGUGCCCUGACUCCUUGAGGGCCAUCACACCCAGACCCAAGGGGCUGCAGCCUCCUGAGCAGGCCCAGGCAGGCCCGGGCCUGUUGGCAAGCUUCAAUCUCACACACACAGAAACACAUUUGUGCCUGGAGACCCUGCAGGCCAGAGUCCAAAUAUUUAAUAACCAGAAGGAGCAAGGCUCUGCUCGGACCUCCUGUUUUAUUUGAUGUUAACCGUUUCUUGUCUGGAUGGUGAGGUCUGAAAUUUGGGUGGAUCCUUGGAGGAGGGGCUGGGACAGCCCAGGGUGUCAAAGGUGGUAUUUGAGGCUCAUUUGAGAUGACAGUGGCUGUUUACCAACCAGUACAGAGCGAGUCAGCAUUUUCAUGAAUGGGAUGGCUGUGCUGGUUACUGAUGAAUCAGGACCCCAUAUAGAGCUGCAAAGCACACAUGCAUAUAGACAUACACGCAUGUACACCACACGUGGACAGACAAGCAUCAUAAAGGCACAAGUGCACACACAUCUAUGCAGACAAGCUUCCUCGCUGCUUGUGCUCACAGGGUUUUUCUGUUUCACACACCUCAGAGGAGCCUGUGAUUGCAUUUGUAGGAAUAUUUGGAAGGCAGGGCGGGGGAAGGAAACACGUUAAAGGACCAUGACGUGACACGGUUCCCAGCUAAAUUUGGCACUGAACGGUGGAUUCAGAACUGUAGCGUUCAAAGCCCCUGCCCGCCUUAGAUUCUCAUGGCUACCUCCUCUGACCCAUCCACAUCCUCGAGGCUGGCAGGCAGGAUGUUUCGAAAUGGUGCAGCCAGCUUGGCUGGCUCCAGAACGUGUCCAUAUUUGAAGGCUGCCUCAGGCCUGGCAGGCAGAAGCAGCUGUGGUCCCUGGAGGCAAAAGGCAGCUCACCAGGCCUUCCAUUUCCAGCCAGGCCUCAUGUGGGGCAGGGCCAAGAGGAAAGUACAGAGUGCCCUUGGGGGUGAAGUCCCACCGGGUUGCUGUUCCCUGAGAAGCCGCCGUCUCCCUCGUGGACAGAGGUCGCCAGCUGGUCCCCAUGGUUACAGCCAGUGCCUGGAAUUCCUCCUUAGGGCUCUGGGAAGAGUAUUGCUCAACACAGGAUGUGCUGGGUGUUUCAUUUGGGGUUUUUAAGUUAUUUAUGGCUUGGUGUCUUUCUUGUUUGAUGUUUUGCUUUUGUUUUGCCUCUCCCAAGCAGUGAAGGCCUGAGAGCUUGAGGGAGGCUGGGGAAAACCAGCAGGGAGCACUUGGCUCCUGGCAGAGGGAGAGGACAGGAGGAGGAGCCUUCCCAGGAGGAGCGAGGACAGGUGGGCACAUGGCAGGCCACAGUGCCCUAUGGGCUUUUCUGUUUGAACCCCAUGUGGGAUGAAUCUCAAAGCCAACAGUGUUCUUGCCUCAUGUCCAGAAGCAGUGGAGAUUCACAGCCCUCGCCUCUCCCUGAGAAGAAGCUGGAUUUGAAAAUCCCUCCCACGCUCUAAUAUAUUUCCUGGGUGGGCAGGGGCUCAGGACCAAGCAGCAAGUGUACCCAGAGUAGAAGCCCGUCCCCACUCCCACCGCAAACCCAGGAGGAGAGCUCAGUAUCCAGAGCUUGCAGGGGCUGCAAGCGUUUGCUGAAGGCUGCCCAGCUCUGUUUCUGGUUUCCUGGACAACUUCUAUGUCAGAUUAUGCCCAUUGUAAACCCAGAGGGCUACAUUUUGGGUUGAGUAAUACAGACAUUGGGGAAGCACAGGAUCUGAGUCCAGCGUUGCCGUGGGGGAGGGAAGAGUGUGUCCUGGCAGGAAGCCACCAUUUGAGAAGGUGAGGCUGUUAUCCAUCCCGUGGGACUCGCUCUAACAGCCCUUUAGAGCUGCUGGGUCUCUGUCACUGUGGCCUCCAGUCAUUCAAGGAGGUCUCCACUCUUGGGGUUUUUUUUUUUUUUUCUUUUCUUUUUCUAUUUUGCCUGAACAUCCCAAUACUCUUGGUUUUAGAAUCCAAGAGUAAGAUGUGCAGAGAUAUGGUUCUAAUUUAGAGUUCAAAGGAACACCAGCUCUGAAAACGUGACCGUGGGGCCAGGAUGUUUCUGGCAGGCCCAGAAGUGUUGGCCGUUCUUCCCCAGCCUCCCGCCUGCUCCCUCCUUUAUUCCCCACAUGAAGGUGGGGGGUGCUGGGACUGGGGAGGGGCAGCCACCUCCAUCUGAGGCUCUUCCUUGGGGCCUUGCUAGUGUGGACAGCAGACUUUAUCCCUCCUUCUUACUCUGGGCCAAAGCCUCCCACGCUGCCCUCUGAGGAUGGUACCAAGAGUGGGCCUUUGGGACUUCUCAGGACGUUGACAACGUGCACACUGCACGUUGACUUUAUUUAUUUAUUUUGUGAAAAGAAGGGACAGAAGAUACCUUUUUAUCUGCAGGGACUCAAAGCUGUACCCAAAUCAAGAAAGACAAAAUAACAAUAGAAACCAUUCAUACACUCCAUUCACCCAAGGACACCGGAAGACGAUUCAGAACACUAGAGGAGAAUAAGCCCGAGCUUCAGCACCACAGUGGCCCCUGGACAUUGAGAUCAUGGCCCAAUGCCGUAGUUCAUGGCGGGCAGAUUGCCUGAGCUCAGGAAUUUGAGACCAGCCUGGGCAACACAGUGAAUCCCAUCACUACUAAAAUACAAAAAAAAUUAGCCAGGUAUGGCAGCGGGUGCCUGUAGUCCCAGCUACUCAGGAGGCUGAGGCAGGAGAAUCACUUGAACCCCAGAGACGGAGGUUGUAAUGAGCUGAGAUUGUGCCACUGAACUUCAGCCUGGGCAACAGGGCAAAACUCCACCUCAGAAAAAAAAAAGAUCUGAGAUCCCUUGGUUUCUCUCGUGUUGAUCUGAGAUGCCACAUCAAGGCCCUUUCUGCUGUAUUAUCUCUGCCUGGGUGUUUAAGUCACAACUUAAGUGGGUGGAUGUUUCCUAGCAAUGGAUCCCUUGGGGCUCAGUGAUGCUCUGGGAACCUUGGGGUUUGGGGAAGGACUGUGGUGUGACUAUUGGCUUGACACGCUGUGGCUGUGGUUGGAGUCAUCCACGUGGACACAGUUUUCAGCUUGGAGCUGGGAUGGAGAAGGUGGAACCGCUUCAGACUGGGCCUCCUUUUUCAGUGAGGCCAGCCCUGGUUUCUCCUCUGUUUCAGCUGCUCUGCCAGAAGCCUUCCCCUGCAAAGUGCCCACCUGCCUGGAGACAGACGGAGCAGCGGAGGCCUCUCUCCACCGCCGCAGCCUCCCCAGCACAGAGGACCAUUCAGCAAUGAGUGUUACUCAUGUUCCUUCUUGUUGAUGAGUUCUGCAGCCCAGCCUAUAGCAAUGGCUCAGAACCUUCCAGGCCUUGGUGAGAUAGGGCAGUGUCUAAUGCUCGCAGGCUGUCCCCACUCUGCCUCUUGCCAUCUUCCCCUCAGGACCUGUUCAUAAAUUGGGGAAUGGACGAGAGCCCUGGAGGGUCCUUGGGAGUAGUUAGUGGAGGGCAGGAUUCCCAGGUCCCCAUAGAGAGGGCAAGAGAAGCCCAGAUGUGCACAGAAGCCCAUCUCUGUCACACGCACCCCAGCUGGUCACCGAGUUAUUUUCCAAAAGCUGAGGAACAUAAAUCAAAUUUAGGCUUUUGUCCCUCUUCAAUACAUGCACUUGAAAAUAACUAAACAAGCAAAAAAGAGAUGGUAAAUGACGAGUUUGUUUCCUGUCGGCUAGCACCCUCAGCCUGGGAGCUGCUGCUGGAGGCUGGCGUAGCGGGGCAGCUGCUGACCAAACCCACAGAACAGAGGGCACCAGGCAUCACAUGACAUCUAUCUCUGCCAUCUGUCUGGCAAUGGAAGGAGCUCCAGCAGGAGUCCUCCUCUGAGUCAUCCUCUCCUAUACUAGGACCUAUUUUAAUUGACCGGAGGGGCCCAGUGCAGUGGUUCACACCUGUAAUCCCAGCAUUUGGGGAGGCCAAGAUGGGAGGAUUGCUUGCGUCCAGGAGUUGGAGACCAGCCUGGGCAACAUGGGGAGACCAGUUAACUGUAGGGCUUGUCCCUUGCUAGGACAGGAACAGAAGACUGGAUGGCUGUGUCCUCAAGGCAGUCCCCUCCCACCCCCAUUCCCAAAGUCUGAAAGCAAAACCAGCUCUCAAAGGGCUGAUUCCUGAGGCAAGGAGAGAGAAUGGGGGCGUGGUGGGAGCAGACGCCUGCACAAGCCAACUGGGUCUUAUUGAUCUGUCCAAGCUGAUAGAAGGACCCUCUGCUGGAAUCCAGGGCUCCUGAGUUAUUGGGUUUGUUUGUGAAGCUUCUAGGACAAGUCGCAGCCAGAUGGAAGGGAGGGCCCAGGGCUUCCUGGACUCGCUGCAGUUUCAGAGAUAGUGGAAGUUGCUCUGUACCUCAAAAGCAUAAAGCAGAAUUGGCAACUUCACAUGUCUCAAGAGCUUCAAGAUCCUUUGGUCUCAUGUCCUUUGGCAUCCCGUAACUGUAUGCGGGACAAAUCUGAACAUGUUUCCAAGGCUACAGACAUGGUACCUUCUCAUGGACCUAGCUCAGGCACCUAGAUCAGGUACUUCGCUGGGGAAAUGAAAUGACCCACGUGGUCUGCUUCCUCUGCCAUUGGCUUGAACUGGGCACCCCCUGAAGUCUCCAUCUCAGCUGUAUUUUCUGGUCCACGUUUGCCUGACUCCCCCUGCUUCUGCCUGGGUCCUGCACACUGUCCUUUUGCCAACACCUCUGCCCUGUGUCCUCUUUCAUGUCUGCAUGGUAUGAUAACCCUUCGUGGCAUACAUAGCCACAGUAUGUACAUAUGCGCCCACGUGUGUGUGUGUGUGUGUGUGUGUAGCAUGUAGCCCAUUCUGCUCAGCCUCUGGCACUGCUCCACAUUGCUCCCAGCCCCACUGCUGUCACUGUUGUCCCAGAUGUCCUUGCUGUGGCCACAGACAAUCUGCCAUCUCCUGGAAGUGCUGGGGCUGCCCUUCAGAGAGCUGGCAGCCGCCAGCAGUCAGGGCCUGCUUUGCAGACUAGAAUGUGAACCCCUCUCCUGUUGGCCUACUUGACUUAUUUAAUUAAAAAUGAAAACAUGCAAUGAGCAA